UUUGAAAAUAAUUUCCUUGGACUGCAUAAGUAGAGCUGCAACAUGGCACGCACAUCAACGGUCCUCACCAUCGUGGGCGCCUCGGCUAUUGCAUCUUUUGCAAUUUAUGCCUUCUACUUUGAUUACAAGCGUCGGAACGAUGUCGCGUUCCGGAAGGAACUGAGAAGACAGCAUAAAAAGUCGGCUAAGCUUGGCGCUUCCAGUUCGAAAGAAGCCACAACAACACCAUAUGAUCUCAAAACAGCCUUAGAAGAAAUUCGUGCUGAGCCCCUACCGAGCACUAUUGAAGAACGGGAGAAAUACUUCUUAGAACAGCUAGCUGUGGGAGAGGGUGUUCUUUCACAGGGCCCCCUGUUUGAGUUGCCUGCUGCCAAAGCUUUCUAUCGAGCCCUCCGGGUAUAUCCCAAUACCGUCGAACUCAUCAUGAUACUCCAGAAAUCUCUCCCAGGGACCACAUUCAACCUAGUUAUGGAUUUGAUGAACUUCGAUGUGAAAUCCCGAGUAGAAGAAUACUAUGAUCAUUGGCCUUCGUCUGAAUACAAUGUGAAGAUUGAGCAAAAGCCCUUGAAGAACGCGGAGCCAUCGAAGCCUGGAGAACCCGUCACAAAGCGAUUGACUGUUGUCGCGACAAAGGACUUCGCUCCCGGAGAUGUCAUUUAUACGGAACAACCAAUGGCAACCGCUCUAGAUGUUGAUUUGGAAGGGAAGGGAACACAUUGCUCGCAUUGCUUGCGUCGUCUGGAAGAGUUCAUGUCGAUCAAGGUCCCAGAUGACCCUCUGGGAGUUGCGUUCUGUUCAAAAGCAUGCCAACUUGCAGCCACCUCAAACUAUCACGACUUGCUCUUUGGUAACACUCCUUUCUCAGUCGGCAAAGAUGUCGGCCCAUCUUCCCCAGAGGCUAAAAAGAGGCGCGAAACUGCACAAAACGCUCUCGUGAAGUUUGUUGAGGAGUCUGGGAAACCAGCUCCAUUGAUCGUUGCACGCUGCAUUGCUCGCUCGAUCAUCGAACAGAUGAAUAAACUCAACCCAGGCUCAGCAUCCUAUAGCUUUUCCGAUCAUUUGGAACGGCUGCGAUACCUAGAAAUUGUCCCAACACCAAAUGAGGAGGCGAAAUUGGUUCGAGAUAUCUUCAACGCUGCGGUCCCUGGUCUCGAAGACUUCCUGAAGGAUGACCGUUACUCUGUUAUAAAAGGGAAAGUGUUGUACAAUGCCAUUGGCAUCUCCUUCGGAGGAGGCCGACCUGAUAAGCCAAAGACCGGAGAGCGUUUCGAGUCAUGGGACCUUACACGGACGCCUCAUGGGACAUCACGGCAAACCGGCGCUGGAUUUUACAGAUUAUCAUCCUAUCUUGCGCACUCUUGUGAUCCUAAUGUUAGGCCUUCGUUCCCUAAAGGAACAGCAGAGUUACACCUCGUCGCCAACGUCGCGAUCAAGGCGGGAGACGAACUCAACAUGUGUUUUGUGAGGUCGACGCCAAGCGACAAUGAGAGCAAGGAAGAUAAUCGCAGGAAUAGAAGACAGGAGCUUGCCCGCGGUUGGAGGUUCGCUUGCGAAUGUGACAAGUGCACAAGGGAGGGUGUAGAACUUCAAAAAGCGAGCACUGGCACGUCUUGAAUGCCUGCUUUUGAAUGGGUCCCACUCCUAGAUUGCUCUAUUGCCACUGAUUGUUCAUUUGCCCAUAACUCAUUAAUAUCUAUUCGUUCCAAAAUUUGAUCUUAUGGAUCCCUGCUCACCCAAAGCAUGUAAUGUAUCCGUUUCCUAACUAAUCAAUCGCAUUACUUGUCU